CAGGAGGAGCGCUCCUCACACUCAGCCUGGAGCGUCUCUCCUCCUCUCUCCCUUUGUCUCCAUCCCCAAUAAAUGCGUGUGCGUCCUUUGGAUAGCAGCCUGUCUGAGCGCACCAGCCCUGCCUCACCAUCCCCACUGCGCUCCAUCUGAGGUGGGAUCGGACUAGGGGGGGAUGCCCGGCUCGUUUCCUCCCAGUUCCAGGUUCCCCAUCACAUCCGAGCGGAGCUGCCGGUUGGAGCGCGCAUUUCAUCUCUGAUGGAUUUACUGCUGCCGUUGCUGGCAAGUUGGAUUUCGUGAAAUCCUCUCGUGGAUCCGUUUACAAUGGGCCGAUCAGGGGAGAUUUUUUAGAAAGACGCUUUGGAUUCCACCAGGAGAAGAAAUGCGGAGAGCGUGGAUACUCUUCUUUCUAAUAGAGGAGGGCUUUUCACUGGCACAGAGAAAUAAAGAUUUCCCGGGUGACCCUGGCGGCCAGAGCCCCAGCCAGAGCGACUGCGGCACGUGGGUCCGCAACAUCAAUGGAGGGGUGUUCAUGUCACCGAACUACCCCAACACCUACCCACCCAACAAGGAGUGUGUUUACAUCCUGGAAGCUCUCCCCAGACAAAGGAUCCAGCUGGCUUUUGACAAGAACUACUACAUCGAGCCGUCGUUCCAAUGUCGCUUUGAUCACAUCGAAAUACGUGACGGGCCGUUUGGCUUCUCUCCGCUCAUCGAUCGCUUCUGCGGAGGAAACAACCCGGGCCUCGUCACCUCCACAGGCCGCUUCAUGUGGAUCAAGUUCACCAGCGACGAGGAGCUGGAGGGCCUCGGCUUCCGCAUUCAGUACACCUUCAUCGCAGACCCUGAUUUCCAUCUGCACGUGGGCGGACUGCUGAACCCCAUCCCAGACUGCCAGUUUGAGCUCGGAGGAUGGGAUGGGAUUAUUCGCUCCAGUCAGGUGGAGGAGGAAGAGCGAGUUAAGCCUGGUGAUGCUCUGGACUGUAUCUGGACCAUCAGGGCUCCCCCUCAGUCUAAGAUUUACCUGCGCUUCAUGGAUUACCAGAUGGAACACUCCAACGAGUGCAAGAAGAACUUUGUGGCCGUGUACGACGGGAGCAGCGCCAUCGAGAACCUUAAGGCCAAGUUCUGUAGCACUGUAGCCAACGACCUGAUGCUGGACAACGGCGUGGGAGUCAUACGGAUGUGGGCCGAUGAGAAAAGCAGACUGAGCCGCUUUCGCAUGCUGUUCACCUCCUAUGUGGACCCUCCCUGCACAGUCAAUACGUUCUUCUGCCACAGCAACAUGUGUAUCAACAACACCCUGGUGUGCAAUGGGGUUCAGAACUGUGUCUAUCCAUGGGAUGAAAAUCACUGCAAAGAGAAGCGUUCCAAGGGCCUUUUCCAUCAGAUAACCAAGACCCACGGCACAGUUAUCGGCAUUUCUUCAGGCAUAGUUCUUGUUCUUCUUAUCAUCUCCGUUUUGGUCCAAAUGAAGCAGCCCAGAAAAAAGGUUGUAGCUCGGCGACCAGGCGUCUUCAACAAGGCUGGAUUCCAGGAGGUCUUCGACCCACCGCACUAUGAGGUCUUCUCUCUCCGCGACAAGGAGAUGUCCUCAGACUUAGGGGACCUUACCGAGGAGUUGGACAGCUUCCACAAGGUCCGUCGCUCCUCCACCAUGUCCCGCUGUGUCCAUGAGCACCACUGUGGCUCCCAAGGCUCCGUGGCUACUGCCGGCGGCAGCAUGAAGCACAGCAGAACCACCCUGAGCUCAAUGGAGCUGUCCUACCACAACGAUUUCUCCAAGCCGCCUCCAAUGAAGACUUUCAACUCCACCUCCACCUACAAGAAGAGUUGCUAUGGCUACAAGCAGCACGCACAGACUCACGACUGCGACCAGCAGGUCAUCGAGGACCGCGUCACCGAGGAGAUACCAUGCGAGAUUUACGGCCGUGGCGCGAUGGGACUGGGAGGAGGAGCAACUGGUGGAGGAGCGAUGGGAGGAGGCGGCGCAUCAGGAAUUGCUGGAGGAGGGAUGGGAGGAGCAGUGGGGAUCACUGGAGGAGUGUCCAUGGCCGGCAUGAUGGGGGGAGUGAGCAUGGCAGGGCCCAGCGGGAUAGCUGGAGGUAUCGGUCCUGGGAUGGCAGGUGCCUGUGGAACCCUCAGCGUCCGGGGCAACAGCGCCCGUAACAGCACCACCAUAGUUGACCCACAGCAGCGCUCCAUAUCCAUGGAUUUCUAGAAGCAGAAAGGCAAAGCAUAGAAGCAGACCUUGCAUUUCCUAGAAGGAAUGAUGAGAAAACAGAAGGACAAAAAUCUUGUGUCCCCAACCACCCCUGCUUCCCCCUACACCUCUCGUCUUUAAGUAACCUUUCGUUUGUUGGCGUCAUCACUCGAGGACCUCCCUCAAACUCACAAAGAGCCUUUAGAUCAACCUGGGUAACAUGAAAAUAGACCAAACAACUCAUUUUUUGAUACUGGGCGGGGCUUCAAGUGGAGACGGCAUAAAGGCGUCCUGUCUCUCCACUUGUUUUACACUCAUUUAAUCUCUAACUUCCAUUGUUGGAAAACGUCCUCGCAUGAAGAGCCAAACCUCUCUCCGUUUGGGUGCUUGGUAGCUCCGGAGACGUGGGACAGAACCGAGACACGCUACUGACUGUCGCAUUCGUUCACCUUCCAUUGCACAAAUAUACGAUAUAUGAUCUAUAAUGCAUCUUCUAAUAAUUUAUAUCCUUUACAUUUGUCUUUUUGGUCAGUGUGUACUGUACUGUUAAAACCAGACUAUAUCCAGCCUCAUGGUGAUGCUCGGCUUCUUACGUUUUUUUUUUUUUUUUUUUCAUAUGUUCAAUUAUUGUUCCAGUGAUUUUCUAGAGGUGGACAGUCAACGGCGGAAAAAUAAUUGAUUAAAUAUAAUGAUUGCAAUGUUAUAUCACAAUAAUGGCGUAGUUUCCAUGGCAACCACAUACACACAUAAGGGGGUGCACGUCACCUUCUUCUCAGGACCUGAAGAGACUGUGAUGUAUGGGUAAGAAAUGGAUUAAUAGUGGUGGAAUAUGAGGGUUUUAUCUGUGGAUAUCCAGGUCAGAAAAGCAACAAUCCCAAACCCUUCAUCUUUAAUGGAAGAAAAUUAUUAUUUUUUCUCUCUCUCCACGACCUGAGUGUGUAAAACAAGCACAAGCUUUUCUCUCUGAGUGACAGAUGUAGCCUGUAUUAGACUCAUUCUUUGAUUUUAACCACUGGUUGUAUUAUUUCAUUCUCUUCGAUUAAAUGAGAGCUUACUUACUCACA